UUCGUUUCUCAAUGUCCCCUGCCACCAAACAUGCUUCUUCUCUUUCCCUCCAAUUUUCUCUCUCUAUAAAUCCCUCCUUUUCUCUCAUUUUCUGCCCCCCCAUAAAACCGCCUUACUCUCUCUGAGCUGAAGUUUCAGAGAGAAGCUUUCUUCUCUGUUCUUUACCGGUUCAGAAAAGCAUAGUCAAGUAUCAGCAGAAAUGGAAAGCGACUUCUCCUCCACCGGUAACGAUGAGUUCGUCGUCAGUACCAAAUCUGAAUACUACAGCCCAAACGACGUCGAUUUCACCUCCAUCUUCCUUCCCAAAGCUUCUCAAUCUAUAACUCCAUCAAUGGAUUCUCGCUUUGUGAUGCAACAUCAGGACCUGAUUAAUCGCAUCGCACUUUGCCUAACGCGCCUCCGCGAGGCGGCCAGAGAAGUGGAAUCCCUGCGCCUGGAGAACACUGCUCUCCGAUCUGUGAACAGCGAGCUCAACAACCACCUGAGUUUACUCAUCCAAGCUUCGGUUCAGGAACACUGCCUUCCCUCUGACUACAACACGACUCCAUUAGAGGUCUUCAAUGAUUUUCGCAAUUUGCGAUUCACAGGCGGUGAUGAAGGAGAAGAACUGCGCGAAGACGAGAGUCCUACGAGCGUUAUGGAGGUGCAGCCUGCGGACACGUCGGAGAGAACAACGUUGCCUAAGAGUAUUUCUGUGAGGUCUAAUGGCUACUUGAAGACGAUUCAGGCUGGUGCGACUAAGACUCGGGGGGUGACUCGGCCUAAAACCGAAAGUCCGCUCAAUGCAACACAGAAGGUUUAUGUGCGUGGAGGGAAGAAGGAAGAGGAGCCUCUUGAGCUUGAAGUGUACAACCAAGGAAUGUUCAAGACUGAAUUGUGCAACAAAUGGCAGGAGACUGGUACUUGCCCAUACGGUGAUCAUUGCCAAUUUGCUCAUGGCCUUGAAGAGCUCCGCCCAGUAAUCCGCCACCCUCGCUACAAGACUGAGGUUUGCAGAAUGGUCCUUGCUGGUGAUAUCUGUCCUUAUGGCCACCGCUGCCACUUCCGCCAUGUCCUUACUGAGCAGGAAAGGUUUAUGGGAGACAUCAAGUCAAGAUCAAUCAAGCUCGAGAGGUAAAAAUAAUGGGGCUAAUGUAAAGAAAUGUUUAUAAUUUUCCUCGUGAGAACGGUAAAUAGUGAUGAAUGAUACACUUUAAUCUAGUAAAAUAUAAAUAUAUGCGAAUGGUGGACAUAUAUAAUAUAUAAUCUAAGAAAUGAUUAGAAAAUAUGAUGACUUAAAGAAAAAAAAAAUUGGAACAGAAGGUGGAGAUUGGAAAAAGGGCCUUAGACAGAUUAUUAGAUCUUUUGUAUUGUUUGGCGUUCCACUUUAAUUUCUUUUAUUAUAUAUAUCACAUAGAUAUGGAGUAAAGUUUGGUAAUUUGAAGCCAAGCAACCAAAAAGAAGAAAGAAACUCACUGUAAUAAUGUUUUUCGAUCUGCCAAAGCAAGCAAAGAUUUUUUUUUUUUUUUU